UUCGAUCAUGGGGAAAGGUCCUGUGUACGAGGUGGAUUGUUUCUCGGCCUAAUCGCUUCGGCGUUGAAAAGAUAAAAGUAGCUUUAUGUUCAAUCUCAACAACUGUAUUUGAGGAGAAGUAUCAAGUCUAGAAACAAUUAGAAUGUCCUUAAAGACAUUGUCACGCACUACACUAGUAUUGUUUACAAUGCCGAGUGGUGUAUAGGUUUUUUGUUCGUGAUAGAUUUUAAUAUGCGAAAAGAUCGUACAGCAAUGUAAUUCACAAACCAUUUUUUGAGCGUUUGGCUUCGUUUAGACUCCCAUUCGCAUGUAAACAAUAACGAAACUUUGACUGAAUCUUGACCUCAUUCGAUUGUGAAAGAUACUUCUAAGAAACGCAAAUUCGCAAUGGCCCGUAAACCAGAAACACAGCUCUUGAAUGCCCCAGAAGAUGUCAUUUCUGCCGUGAAGUUUUCACCAAAAACGAAUAAGUUUUUACUUGUAUCGUCUUGGGAUACUCGUGUGCGGUUGUACGACGUGGUUACCAACACGGUGCGGCUUCAGUUCAGCAAUUCAUCUCCAGUGUUGGAUUGUGCCUUUUUGGACUCGUCUAAAACAGCUACCGGUGGUUUGGACAAUUUGGUCAAACUGUAUGAUCUGACCGCGCAAGCGGAGAGCAUGCUUGGCAGUCAUGGGGCUGGCGUAAAGUGCGUUGAAUACACCUCACUGUUGAACGGAAUACUCACCGGGAGCUGGGAUCGAACGGUGAAGCUUUGGGACGCACGGGAGAAGGAAUGUGCUGGCACGUAUGAACAGAGCAAUGGCAAAGUGUACUCCAUGAGUUGCGCCGAGGAAAAACUUGUCGUAGCCACGUCGGAGCGGAAAGUUCUUAUCUGGGAUCUGCGAAACAUGAAAACCUAUGUCGAACGCCGUGAGUCGUCGCUAAAGUAUCAAACGCGCGCCGUGCGCUGCUUUCCGAAUGUGGAAGGAUAUGUGAUGAGUUCUAUCGAAGGACGGGUCGCAGUGGAGUACUUCGAUCCGAGCCCCGAAGUGCAAAAGAAGAAGUUUGCAUUCAAAUGCCACCGGGCGAAGGGAAAUGACAUAGAGCUGAUUUAUCCCGUAAAUGCGAUCAGCUUUCACAGCGUAUACAAUACAUUUGCCACUGGCGGCUCGGACGGAUACGUUAAUAUAUGGGAUGGGUUCAAUAAGAAGCGACUGUGCCAGUUCCAUUUGUACGAUAGCUCUAUCUCCAGUCUAUGCUUCAGUGAUGAUGGUAGCACAUUGGCGAUCGCUUGUUCGUACAUGGAAGAAGCCGAAAAGCCCCCAGAACCCUAUCCAGAGCCUACUCUGUAUGUGCGUUACGUUAACGAACAAGAGACUCGACCGAAGUAGGUAGACACAGGGCGUAUGCCAAUGUAUGGCAUACAUUUUACAAGUAUGUAGUCCAUCUACAGAGUUACUAAUUAAUAAAUUUUUGUAUUUUUUUCUUAUCUAUUUGAUCUUCCAAUCUUCCUGAUCAUCCGUUUUUCAUUCCUUUUGCUUAGAACAAUAUUAUACAUAGUCACAGGUACCUGCCAAAUUGUGCAGGUUGUUUUUGUUUUCUUUCAAUCCCAAUAACUGCGGUAAAAAGGAAUACCGGCGGCAGUCAAGUGCCAGCGCAACAAUGAAUAUUAGAGGUUGUUGACUACGUUGC